AAGUCUUCGUGCAGGUCAAGAUAGGCUAACGCCGACUGUUGUCGGGUUGUAUUUGCUGCCUACCUGUACAACAAUAACUCAGCACCAAAAUGCCGUUCAGUGCCGACUCAAUGAAACCUCCGCUGCAUGACCAAAUAACGGAGAUGCAGCGUAAAAUACAACUUCUGGAGGGCGACAGAACUGCGUACUAUGAGAGCUCUCAGUCCACUAUCAAGAAGAACCGAGAAACCAUCCGCCAGCUGAGGCAGGGCAACAAGAGGCUGUGCAGGAAAAUGGCCGACGUAAACGCUGGGGAUGCAACUAUCAUCAAAGUGGCCUUUCAGAACAGAGGGUUGGAGAAGGAUGCCUACCGCAACAUGUCAGGAAAGGCAGCCCUGACCACGCUCGACCAGAGAGUGCUGUCCAAGACGAAGCGUCUCAACGCCCUUAAACACACCACCCAGACCUUCCAGUGCCGCCUGGAUGAGCUGAAGAAGGAAUACCAGAGGAGUAAACCAGAGGGCAGCAGUGGAGCAGUGUCUGCCGACACUAGAGCUCGGAAAAAAGAGGAAGAUGCCAUGAAACUGCGGGCGCUGGAGAACAGUCUGGAAAAGACUCAGUUUAAGUGCAAGGAGGCCGAGAACAUCAUGAUUACCUAUCAAAAGCUCAAAAGUCACCUGCAGCAUGAGAGUCUGACGUUCCAGGGCCAGCUGGACAGUCUGGAGGCAGAGAUCCUGAAGCACAGAGAGGAGCUUCACGACAAGCAGAUCAUGAACAACAACGCUCAGCUCUCCAAGGAAGCUGCUAAGGCUGACUUGCAGCAGCUGGAGGAAUGUCUCUGCAAGGAGCGCAAGGAGAGAGAGCGUAUUAUAGCAAGCUACAGGAAGAAGGUAGAGGAGCGCAAGGCCCAGGCUGAAAAAACCGAUAGAAGGGCUCAGAGAACAGCGAUGCAGCCCGACGAGCUGAGCAGCGAGGCUCAGCGCAGCAGCCCCAGGAUAGCAGGCGAAGAGGACAAGGUCAUCUCCACUUUUGAGGAGGCAUUCCGACGCAUCAAGGAGGCCACGGGAGUCACAGACAUACAGGAGAUAGUGGAGCGCUUCAUCUCACAGAAGGAGACACACCAGCAUCUGGAGAAGCUGAAGGGAGAGAACGAGACGGUGCUGCAGCAGCUGAAGGAGCAGAAGGAGCUCCUGGACCAACAGUUCCAGGACAUGAAAUACUCGGGAGAGGCUGAACUCUCGAGUGACAGACAGAUGCUGGAGGAGUGUGAGCUGCAGCUGCAGGCUCAGCAGCAGAGGUGUGAUGCAGAUAAGGAGCGUCUGGAGUGGCUGGUGAAAGCCCUCAGUACUGUGCAAGCCGGAGUGGAGCACCUCGCAGACAAACUUCAACACAUCACGCUGAGAGAGGACACGGUGGCUGAAGUGUCUCCAGACUCAGAUGAGUUUGUGUUAGAGCUGAUGACCCAGUGUGAGCUGAAGCUGAAGUUACUGCACGAGGAGCUUCGAGGAAAGGAUGUGUCUGCUAUCAUGAAGGAGAUGGAGGAAGAGGAAUUCUAUGUCAGGAUUGAGGGAAAGCUGCCGGAGUACAACACCCGCGUCAAGCUGCCUGAGGAUCAGAGUCUGGACCUCUUCAAUGACGAGGACGACAGUGAAGAGGACGAGGCUGACGUCAUGUCUCGCGAGGCACUGAAGCGCCAUUCUCAGAUGAUCAUUGAGUCCAAGUCCAAGAAGAAGCCCUGGAAGUAGAAGAAGGGCAAAUUCUGAUCGCUACAGUGUCAGGACUCUGAUCUCAGGACCCAGAUUUCAAAUCGCUAUAUUAAUGUUUCACCGCUCAAAUUAAAAUUAUUUGAAUUUGCUUAAAUGUUGCUACAAAUCUUUGACAAAUACAAAUGAGAUUAUAUCUUUUUAGAAAUGAAUUAUUAGCCCAAUUAAAAAGCUCUACGAUGAUUUUUGUUUAAAUAUAUGUUAGUACCUUUGAAAUGUGUUGUAUAAGUGUGUGUUUUGACAACAGUAAGGUUCUCUGUUGUUACACAAACUAUUGGUCCUUUGCUUCUAUUCACAGUGCACAAGUCCACACUCUGCAUGGUGCCCUUAUAAUAUUAACAUAUUAAACAAAUAUAUAAACAAAUAUUGCUUUUACUUUUUUCUUUUUUUGGUAUAAUCUGACCAUAAAUGUGGGUGAAACCAGUCACUUUUGCUUGAAGGCUUUCUCCGUUAUUGUCCUGCUAUCCAUCGUGAACGUAAUAGGGUUGUACCUUUCAGAAAUGAUACAGGUCCCUGAAAGCCAACACCUUUGACAAAUCCAGCCAAGUGAAUCACGUUGACACUAGAGACACAUUUGCUUUGUCCCAGCAUACCGUAACAUGUGAGCGUCAACACCUGAACGAUCUCUGCUAUGCUCAGCAUGUCAGAAAUAGAUGUGCCUCUUUGCUCAAAUACUUUGUGGUUGCUGUUAGGUGGAUUGUUUGGUUUUCUUAUAAUUAGCAAAGCAAAACAUCAGAGUGUAACUCAAUCAUGUUCUCUGUGUUUAAUUGUCCAACUGAUACAUCUGCCAUUGAGUGUCAUACAGAAUUCAACCAGACAGACAACUAUGAUUGAUCAAAUACAUUAUUGUUUAAUUCUAAGGGUUUGGUGCUCCUGUAGAAUUGCAUUUGUGUGCUGAUAGUUAUCCGUUAUAAAUCAAAAUCACAUUCAUUUAAAA